AUGGAGGGAGAAGACAACUAUUCUGAUAUCCUAUUCAACCUUAAUCGUUGCUCUUUGGUUGACUUUAAUGGUUCCGAGUAUGCCUCAUAUCGGACCGCUAGUGACAUGGAAAGAUAUCUCGCUAUUGAUAAUUAUUAUCUUCAUCACGCUCACGAAGCUGAUCCCACCGCACAAACCCGUCCAUCACUCCACAUCGAGACUCAGGGGAUUCACACAAUCUUCCGUAUCGACUCCACGGGAGUCCUACAGCAGUUUACAGGCACAUCUCUAGAGACCUGCCGGCCGGUAAAGAUCGAAGAAUGCAGCCUUUCCAUCGCGUCCGGAGGCAGGCUGGCAGGCCUUCAAACCGACGACUCCACGUUUGUCCUUAUCUUCGAAAACAGCGCUGGCCACCUUGAAAGCGUCCGGCUUCAACAGGGCAGGCUCAAUCGUCUUUCAACCUUUCCUGUCGACAGGGAACCCGACAGUGCUUUCAUCGCCGUGAACGAAACAUAUGACACGUUCAAAGUCUAUUAUCAGCACAGAGACAAGCAUAUUCAUUGUUUGGUGGCCGAUACUGGGAGCGGCCGUUGGAAUGCUGACACUUCCCUGACCAACUCUCAUCUGGACUCGACCGCAUUCAAUCUAUUAUUCAUUUCCUACGGAAACGGCAAUUUUGCCGUAUAUGUGCCCGAUAUCGCUUCUGACAACGUCAGGCACCCGGAUAUGAUGAAACGACUGGUCGAAAUUGGUCCAAAUGGGGAGCGGAUCGAACGGGAGCGACCGUGUAUCAGAGUGUUGCCAUGGGACGAAAACUCGGGCAGCAGGGUGAUGACAAUGCCAAUCUCAUUCAACCCGACUUUGAAGCCAAGACAGUCAGGGGUAACGGGUACGACAGUCAGGCCAACCUAG